GGUUUUGUCUUUACUAAUCUACUUUCACUUUUUAACAGAUGGGGGAAAAUGGCAACGUCUGCUAGCAGGUGUGGAAUCAGACAUGUUGUCUUAACAGGAAGACCAGGCAUUGGUAAAACAACUCUAAUUAAGAAAAUCCACAAAGUUUUCAGUGAAUCAGGGGUGGAGGUGAAAGGUUUCUAUACUGAAGAGUUACGAUCAGGCGGACAGCGACUGGGGUUUGAUGUGGUAACUUUGGAUGGAAAUAGAGGACCGCUUGCCAGAAUACAAGACAGUGAGAGUGGCGGUGUAUCACAUAAGAGAAGCUUUUUAGUCGGUAAAUAUGAAGUGAAACUCGGCUCAUUUGAAAAUGUUGCCCUUCCUACAUUGAGGAUACCAAAGAAUGCACAGCCCGGCACUAGCAACGGUAGUUGUCAGGUGUUCAUUAUUGAUGAAAUUGGGAAAAUGGAACUCUUCAGUCAGACAUUUGUUACCAUGGUGAGGGAUAUUUUAAAGACUCCUAAUUACACCAUCAUUGCCACAGUACCAGUCCCUAAAGGCAGACCUAUUCCUUUUGUGGAAGAAAUAAGAAACCAUCAACAGACACAAGUGUUCACGGUAACCAUGGAGAACCGAGACCACAUGUUGGAUGACAUCAUGAGAACAGUGCACACAGCUGUUGGAUACGAACACUGAUAGUACGAGAUGAACUUGUCUUGUAAUCUACAUGUGAUAUGCUGGUAAAUAAGAUGUGGUUCAUCACUACAUUUUGUUCACUUCUUUCAUUAGAUAAAGAUACAUUGACUUCAAA